AUACACACCGCUGUGUUUAAUCUCCUUUUACAGGUGAUUAUCAUGGAAGUUAGAGGAGGCUAAAACCUGCCAAGUAUAUGGCAUUGACUGACACUCAGGCUGUGUGUGGAGGAACAAGCAACUCAGAAACCAACUACUCUUGGAGCAGAAGUUUUGUUAUGGAAUUACAACCCAACUGUACAAAACAUAGAAAGUUGCCAGCAUAUACUGCUCAUGUGAUGCGUUCUGCAACAUUUUUUCUGCCUUGGUCUUGUAAAAUGAUAGAUUCUCAAUCUAGAAAAUGCCAAAUUUUGUGAGUUGAAAGAGAUUCAAAGAACCAAAUAUGUGUUUAACCACUUUGCUCAAGAAAGAUACACCAAUUCACUCAAAGAGCUUUCGUAAUUUGAGAACCGAAGCCACAGAUGAUUUCGACAGCCCCAUUCUACCUGGACUGCCAGAUGACAUAUCGAAAUAUUGCCUUGCGCUUGUUCCUCGCUCAGACUUCUGUUCUAUGAGUGUUGUGUCUAAGAAAUGGAGGCACUUUAUGCAAAGCAAGGAAUUUACAACUGUGCGACAAUUAGCUGGGUUGCUUCAGGAGUGGCUCUAUGUGUUAACCAUGGAUGCUGAAGGAAAAGAAAGCCGUUGGGAGGUUCUGGAUUGCCUUGGACAUCAGCACCGUAUUCUUUCUCCAAUGCCUGGUCCAACAAGAUCCUUGUUUGGGGUGGUAGUUCUUGGUGGAAAGCUUGUCAUUGUGGGUGGUUUUUCUGUGAUCGAUGGGAUUGGUGUUGCAUCACCAGAAGUCUACAACUAUGAUUCUUGCAUCAACAGGUGGAGCAAAUUAGCUGAGAUGAAUGUGGCUCGAUAUGACUUUGCAUGUGCAGAACUAUGUGGCCUGGUUUACGCAGUUGGAGGGUAUAGUGCAGAUGGCAACAUCCUAUCUAGUGCUGAGGUGUAUAAUCCUGAAACUGAUACUUGGACACUGAUAGAGAGUAUUCGCCGCCCAAGAUAUGGUUGUUUUGCGUGUGGAUUUGAGGGCAAGCUGUAUAUUAUGGGCGGAAGGUCAAGCUUCACCAUUGGCAAUUCAAAGUUUGUUGAUGUCUACGAUCCUAAGACCCACACUUGGUGUCAGAUGAAGAAUGGCUGUGUUAUGGUCACUACACAUGCUGUGCUGGAAAAGAAGCUCUUCUGUAUGGAGUGGAAGAACCAGAGGAAACUUUCAAUUUUCAAUCCCGAGGACAAUUCCUGGAAGAUGGUGCAAAUUCCACUGACAGGAAGCAAUAGUAUUGAAUUUCGAUUUGGGAUACUGGGUGAGAAACUUCUACUGUUCUCACUACAACAGGAACUUGGUUACUGUACUUUGAUGUAUGAUCCAAAUGCAGCUCCAGGAUCAGAGUGGCAGACUUCAGUGGUAAAGCUGUCUGGUCCGUGCUUGUGCUCUGUUAGAAUCAAUGCUUGAAGGGUGUGCCUGAAAGUUAGAGACCCUAAAUAAGAGUAGAAAACAUUUGGCGAACUUCUUAAAUCUAGGACUCGAGUGAUUUUGGUUUUUGUGUUGCCUAGAUUUGGUUUCUGAUAAUAACCGUCUGUUCUGAACGUUUUGCAUUGCCUGAAUUUCAUGUUGGUUUUAUCAUGUACUUUUGGUUUGAAGCUUCUCUCUGUAUCAGUUAACAUAUUCUGAAAUUUCUCUGAAUUAUUAACCUGCACACCUUUUGGUUUCUUAAUUGCAACUUUGUUUCAGUUAAAUGGAGAAAUGGAUUGAGAAAGGUCCUUCAUGUUU